AUGGCGCUGCGUCUCGUCACCACCUUCGACCUCCAGAAGGACGUGCUCCCGAGGCUGCAGGAGCGGCGGGCUGUGCCAGUGGUCACUGGGGCCUCAGGCGGCGGCACAGAUAUUUUAGAAAAUGAUAACAGCUUACGUAUACUAAAUGUAGAAAGAAAUGGAAAUAUUAUUUAUACCUACAAGGAUUAUAAAGGAAAUGUCUUCUUUGGAUUAUAUGAUUGUCAAACCAGGCAAAAUGAGCAUCUCUACACUUUUGAAACAGACCUGGAGGUUGUCAGUUGCUCCGUCAAUAAUGGGAAGACUUUGCUUGCUGUAAGUUUAAUUCAAGCUACUAAAGAAGGAAGAAGGAAUGAACUUCAACCAGGAUCAAAAUGUUUAACUUUGUUAGUAGAAAUCCAUCCUGUUAACAAUGUGAAGGUUCUGAAAGCAGUGGAUAGCUGUAUUUGGGUCCAGUUUCUCUACCCUCAUGUUCAAAAUCACUCUGUUUCUGAGGACCGUCUGUUACUGAUUUCAGAAGAGAAAUAUAUCGAACAAUUUCAUAUUCAAGUCAUCCAAGAAGAUGGAAAUAAAGUGGUGAUUAAAAAUUCUGGCAAUCUACCAAAAGACAGAGUUGCUGAGGAUUUCGUCUGGGCUCAGUGGGAUAGGAUAGAGCAGAGACUGUUCUACGUUGACCUGAAGAAGUCAAGAAGUAUCUUAAAAUGCAUCCAGUUUGGUGCUGAUGAGAACUUUAAUCUGAUGUUUGAAGCACCCUUGGACAUAUCAUUAAAUGACUCAGGAUUUAAGCUUGUCAACUUUGGAUGUGACUAUCUUCAAGAUCAAGAGGAAUUAUCUAAACACCCAACUCUAUGUGUUUAUACCAACAGCACAGGAAGCCUAGUUGUGUGCUACAGCCCAAAAUUGGACUCUUGGGAGCGAAUCACAUACACAGUGUUUUAUUUUCACAAAGGGUACAGCAAAACCUUCACGACUGCCUUUGACAAUGCUGACCCACACAGGACAAAGAGCAUUACUUUUCUCAACCUGGACUAUUAUGUGGCUGUUUACUUACCUGGCUAUUUCUUUCAUCUACUUAACAUUCAACACCCGGACUUGAUCUGCCACAGUCUGUUUCUGACAGGAAAAAGUGAAGUGAUUGCUCUCCUACCUCCUGGCCCUUUACAGUCCCUGUCAGGGUCUCUGGUACUGGACUGGCAUUCUGGAAAGCUCUACCGAGCACUCCUCAGCCAGCCGUGCCUGCUGCAGCUCCUGUGGAACGCCCCCCUGGACUGUGAGAAGAUGGGAGCACUGCACUGCAUGCUGUCCUGGGGCAGAGACUCACAGUUCCUGGAGGCCCAGAUUAUUCAGUGGAUUUCUGAGAACAUCUCUGCCUGCCAUUCAUUUGACCUUAUUCAGGAAUUUCUAAUUGCUUCUUCAUAUUGGAGCAUAUGUCCGGAGACGAGUAAUAUAGAUAAACUGAUUCCACAUUCCUCAGUGCUCACUUGGAUUUCAGAAAUUCCUGGAAUAACCCUCAUGACAGAAGAGAUUGCACUGCCUCUUAUGAAGGUGCACAGCUUUAAGGGCUAUUGGGAAAAAUUGAACAGCAAUCUGGAGUACGUUAAGUACGCCAAGCCACACUUACACUACAGCAACAGCGUGAUCAGGAGAGAGUGGAACAACCUGAUCUCAGAAGAGAAAACGGGGAAAAGAAGGUCCACAGCAUAUGUGAGGAAUAUUCUUGAUAACGCAGCAAGGGUGAUUUUCAACCUACAAACAAGGACUCUGGAGCCAAGGCUAAUACCCCUCUUCCAGGAGGAAGACAAGCACCAGAGGCUGCUCAUGGGGCUGAUGAUGUCUGAACUAAAGGACCACCUUCUGAGACACCUACAAGGUGUAGAAAAGAAGAAAAUUGAGCAGAUGGUUCUGGAUUACAUUACAAAACUGCUGGAUCUCCUUUGCCGCAUACUGGAAACCAGUUGGAGGAAAUACAACCUUCAUUCCUGGGUUCUACACUUUGGCGGACGUGGCAGUGCUGCUGAAUUUGCCAUCUUUCAUCUCAUGACCAGGAUUUUGGAAGCUACGAACAGUUUGUUUUUACCUCUGCCUCCUGGUUUUCACACACUUCACAUGGUUCUCGGUGUCCACUGUCUUCCUUUGCAUAACCUGCUCCAUUACAUUGAUAAUGGAGUGCUGCUUCUCACGGAAACAGCUGUCACAAGGCUCAUGAAAGAUCUGGACAACACAGAGAGGAAUGAAAAAUUAAAGUUUAGCAUCAUCAUGCGGCUUCCUCCGCUUAUUGGUCAGAAGGUCAGCCGACUUUGGGAUCACCCUGUGAGUUCCACUAUCAUUUCACGCAACCAUGUGAAGCAGCUGCUUCAAAACUAUACGAAACAGCCUCGGAAUCCCAGGAUUGACAAGCCAUCAUUCAGUGCAGAUUUUCUGCCGCUCAGCUACUUCACUGACAUACUGACAGACAUAGAGUCUUCCAGUCAAGCUCAGCAUGCUUUUGAAGGACAUGACAACGUGGAUGCAAAAUUUGUUGGAGAAGCAGCUCUGAAACAUACCACAAUGCUUUUAGGUUUGUGA